CCCCGCGCUUCGGCUCCCGCAUCCCUCCAUCCAACCCUGUGCCGCAGCCGCAUCGCCACCGCAGCCCAGGCAGAGCCGAGCCCGGCCCAGGCCCCUGUCCCUGCCGGCCCUCGGCCCACCGCCCCCGGCCCCGCCCCCGCCCGCAGGCCCCCAGCAGCGGCUCCAGAGCCCCUCCCCCCCACCCUCACCCCCCUGGCGCCCCCAGACCCCGGCCUCUAGCACCGAGGCGGGAGACCGGGAGCAGCAGCAGAGGCAGGAGGACGAGGAGGAGGAGGAGCCGUCGCAGGAUGAAGGAUCGGACUCAGGAGCUGCGGAGUGCAAAAGACAGUGAUGAUGAAGAAGAAGUGGUCCAUGUGGAUCGGGACCAUUUCAUGGAUGAGUUCUUUGAACAGGUGGAAGAGAUCCGUGGCUGCAUUGAGAAACUGUCGGAAGAUGUGGAGCAGGUGAAGAAACAGCACAGUGCCAUCCUGGCCGCCCCCAACCCAGAUGAAAAAACCAAACAGGAGCUAGAGGACCUCACUGCAGACAUCAAGAAGACGGCCAAUAAGGUUCGAUCCAAGUUGAAAGCGAUCGAGCAAAGCAUUGAACAGGAGGAGGGUCUGAACCGUUCCUCCGCGGACCUGCGCAUCCGUAAGACCCAGCACUCCACACUCUCCAGGAAGUUCGUGGAGGUAAUGACCGAAUAUAACGCGACCCAGUCCAAGUAUCGGGACCGCUGCAAGGACCGGAUCCAGCGGCAGCUGGAAAUCACUGGAAGGACCACAACCAAUGAAGAGCUGGAGGACAUGCUGGAGAGUGGGAAGCUGGCCGUCUUCACAGACGACAUCAAAAUGGACUCGCAGAUGACGAAGCAGGCACUGAAUGAGAUCGAGACGAGGCACAACGAGAUCAUCAAACUGGAAACCAGCAUUCGCGAGCUGCAUGACAUGUUUGUGGACAUGGCUAUGCUUGUGGAAAGCCAGGGUGAGAUGAUUGACCGUAUUGAGUACAAUGUGGAACAUUCUGUGGACUAUGUGGAGCGAGCCGUGUCUGACACCAAGAAAGCUGUGAAAUAUCAGAGCAAGGCCCGGAGGGUGAGCCAGGGCAGGUGGCCUUGGGGGGCAGGUGGCCUGGGAGCCUGCUGGGGGGGCUUGGCUGAGGCCAGGGCUGAGGUGAGUGGUGCAAUCGGGUGAGAGUUCUUAUCUCUGGCUCUGACCUCUUCCUUUUUCUGUUUUCUCUCCCCUCCUUUUCCUCACACCUUCCUCCCCAAUCUUUGCCCCAUGUUCUGUUUGUCGGUUUCUCUUUCUCUCUCUCUCUCUCUCUCUUUCUUGUUACUUUCUCUGUCUCCUCUUUCUGUCUGCAGAAGAAAAUCAUGAUCAUCAUUUGCUGUGUGGUGCUGGGGGUGGUCUUGGCGUCAUCCAUUGGGGGGACGCUGGGCUUGUAGGCCCCCCCUUCCCUCUCCCAGAGCCCUCCCCCACCACAUCGGGAGCAAUACCCCCACCAUCCCUUUCACUCCAUCCCUUGCUCCGGCCUCACCCCCCAAAACAGACCCAGGCAAUCCCAUCCCUUCCUCCACCCCCACAGCAGACCCUGGAGUCCCUGGACCUCACCUUGCCAUGGACCACCCCCCUGGCCCCGCACGUAGAUAGCAGCAGGCGUGAUUACACAUGCACACCAACAUGCAUGCCGCCGGCACAUGCUCGAGACGUGUGGACACCCUAGUGUGUGUGUUCAUGUGUUGAUGUGUGUGGAUGCGCCAAAUCAUCCCCGUCCCCCACCUCAAGUCUGUGUGUGGUCUGAGCUUCCCCCCUCACCUGGGUUGUUGUGUAGACUGUGGCCAGAUAUAACAGCAGCCUAUCAUGCCCCACCCUGUCUUCUGUGAAGAGGUAUGUGUGUGUUAUGUGUGAGACCACAGAUCUGUGGACGCCCAAUUUGUGUACAUGGAAUUUUGUGUUUGAGUGUUUGAACCUAAUGCAACAGCAGUUUCUCCAUGGAUAGCCCCUCCCCUGUGUUUACUAUAAAUGGGGCAGGUUGUGUGUGUACAGACACUCACACUCACAUUCUCAGAGGAUCCAGGUAGGCCCAGUAUACACGGGCCAUGGCAGAGACCCCAUGUGAUAUAGAACAGAUUUUCCUGGUUUAGUGACCCCAGGAGCUGCUGUGUGUCCUGGUGAGAGGGUGCUUUUGUGUGUGUGUGUGUGUUGUGAGCCAGGGUGUGUGGAAGCAUGUAUGUGUAAAUGACCUAGCUUGGCCUGUAUAUAAACAUCUCCCUUAAUAGGUGAUUGACAUGUGUGUGUGUAUAACUCCAGGAUGCGCUUGAAGUAUUGAUAGGACUUCCCUCUACACUGUGGACUGGACAUUGGUUUUGAGUGAGCACAGAAAUUUUAUUUCUAUGCUACCUAGAAUAUGGUUAUGUGCGUGCGUGAGUGUGGGUGUACACAUGCGUGUAGGAGCUUUCUACAUAGUGUGUUUCUGCUCCUUGUGAAUUCUACACCCACGUGUUUAUUUAAGGACAUGUACCCUAUCCAGGUUUGUUUAUUCAGAUUUAUUUACCCCACCCCUCUCCCCAGAGCUGCUGACCAGUAUCUGGUGUGGCCGCACACACUGCUACAUCAAUAUUGUGCAACCGAAGCUUGCUGCCCUGCAAGGCCUCAGAUCCUUAUCUUUCUCUGUCUCUGCCCAAGGAUAGGCCUGAGCCCAGGAAAGCUGGUGUACCACAGUAUGCUAGUACAUGCCAAGGCUGAGGAGGUCCUGUGAAGGUGGCCAUGCCUGGGCACACACUCAUACCGACAUCAGCGUCAUGCAAGUGUGGGUACAGGCCAUGCCUAUCAGCACAGGAAUGCCUCCUGGAAGGGCUAUUUGUAGGGAUAUUAGUGAUGAGGUGAGAUGUCAAGGGCUGCCCCAGAUGGAUUGAAAGCCAGGGCAUUGCCGCCUCCUCACAACACUCACCCCAGACCUGGAGAAGGUUGAUGUUUGUCCCCACUGCCCCAUCGGAUUCUCUGGGUUCUGCCUCAGGGAACUUGGGUUUGGGAAAACUUCAUUUUGGAUGUCCUAUAGUGGCCCAUGUGGCAGCAGCCACUCAGGGUGAAUGAAGUCCUCAGGCCCAUCCCCUGGACACCUCUCUUGCUGAAAUGUUGGCAAUGGCUGCUCCCCAGUACAGGGAGGAUUGAAGGGGGCCCACUGGCCCAGGUUCCUGAUAGUGAGGAAAGGGCUAGCUCCUCCCUAUUGUGUAGACAACAUAGGCAUGGCUUGUGGGUAUGUGUGUUUGGAGGCAGAUAAAAGGUGCAUGGAAGAGAGGACAACGUUAGAGGCCCCCCUCCAUGGCCCAGGAACAUGUAGGUUGAAAACAUAAGUACUUGAACAUAUUCUGACGUUCGGUGGGGCAUGCAUGUGCUCAGGGUGAAGGAUCCUGCAGCACGUGAAGUGUGUGUGUGUGAGAGAGAGAGAGGCCAUGAAGAAGUGACCCCCUCCAAAACACAAUACCCCUUCCACACUAACGCCAGCCCAGAUAGUCAAUCUCUCCCCUGCCUGGCUGUGUGGGCCCUGCCCACUCUGGCCUGUAUGCAUGUCAGUAUGGCCACAUGUAUGCAAGCCCCAGGUCAGCUGUCCUGAGGAAGGAAGUCUUGCUUAUCCAUUCUCUGAAUGCCCUGCUGCAGGACAGGAAUUCUGUCCUGGAGUCUGGCCUCAGCCUUCCUCCUCCAGUCUCAGGUAGAGGCUUCUUUAGAAACAUUAGAGUAGGCCCCAUCACCCAGCCCCCUUCUUCCUUCCUGCUGCCCAGGACCCCCUUUCAGCCCAGGUGUUUCUGAAAGUCUCAUGGCCUUGGGGCCACAAGAGAAGAGUGGAGCCAUGGCUAGAGUGCUGUUGCCCCCUUCAGUGGUAUCAAGCCUCACAGCUGCCCAUUUCUGGGCCUCAGGUGGACCAGGGGAUCCCUGAGGAUCUACUGUGCCCCAACUUUCUACAAGUCCCACACGUCAUAAGAUGUGUUUGUUUGUUGGCUGCUGUCUCUGUGUAUGUCCCGGAGUGCCAUCUGGGGGCUGAUGUCUUUUGCAUGCUCUCAGACAAAUGUGUACUGCCCACCUUCCAUGCACCUAACAACUCUCAUGCCCAAGUGUGCCCCAUGGGUGGUCCUGGGCCUGGCCAGGGCUCAAUGCUUCCCCUUCCCCUGCCCCUCAGCAAGCACAUUGCGUGUCCAUCCCAUGUGCCCGUGGGUCGAUGCACGCGUGUACACAUGAUGUGUUCUAUGCAUUCACCCUGCCCUCCCAGCCUGCCCCGCAGAGGACAAGAUGGGUGGCCCCCGGCUCCCUUCUCCCUCCACCCCCACCUGCCCGCUGUGCAGCCGUGUGCGUUGGCGUGUGUUUCUGUGUCGCUGGCGUGUCACGUGAUGUAGCCGUGUUUGCUGACUUGAGCCCUGCCCCCUUCUCUGUUUCUCUGUUGGUUUCUAGAGCUCUCUCCUCCCAUUCCCCCGAGGGGACAGGACUUCUGGGGCCUGGCUGGGGGCCCAGAGCCAGGCUACCCUCUCCUGUUAGUCCUCAGAGCCCCAUUUCUUUCUAUUGGUGACCAAGUUGCAAAUGGAUAAAACACAGGAAAAUUCUGCCCCCCCACCCAGCCCUGCAUGUCCUGUCCCUAGAGCCCCUUACCCCCACCCCGGGCCGGGUCGGGCCCCAUGGGACGGGAGAAAUAGCAACCAAUCCAACAGCG